UGUAGCAAGCAACUUGCGUCAUCGUCGCCGUCGACCUCCCUUCUUUUCCACUCAGCCAAAUAAUCCAUCCGCCGUACCGGCGUCGGCAACCGCACAUCCUCUUUGCUAUGCCUACAUCCGCCGCCAUCGACGGCCAUUAUCCACCCCAUCUCGUGCAGAGGGGCGAUGCGCCCUCAGAGGCAGCGGAGCGCCGGCUCCAGGAAGCAGAGAAAAGGCUGCGUGAGGCGAUCGAGGAGUUACAGCGCCAUCAUAAUGCCAGGCGUUCGGACGAAAGCGGAUGUGGUGGAGACAUGUUACCCUGCUGCGACCAUGACGACUCCUGCAUCGCUCACGCCAUCGGGAACCUGUGCCAGAGUUUUCUUCUCUCAUACGGAGUUAGGGUUGGGAUCGGUAUCCUCCUCCGAGCGUUCAAGCUCGCCAGGCGCCAGUCUUAUUCCUCUAUCAUUGACCUUAAGCAACUUGUUUCUGAGAAAGAUCUGAUUGUAAGAGAAGAAGCUUGCCGUAUUGGAUUACUUUUUGGUGGCUUUACAGGUUCUUACCAUGCUCUUAGGUGCUUUUUAAGAAAGUUCAGGAGGAAAGAGACACCAAUUAAUGUAAUAGUUGCCGGUUCAGUUGCAGGUUUAUCGAUAUUAGCAUUGGAUGAUCCAAGUAGACAGCGUACUCUUGCACUAUAUCUUCUAGCCAGGCUUGCACAGUGUGCCUAUAAUUCAGCCAAAUCCAAGAACAAGUUUCAUCUUUGGGGAAGUCACUGGAGACAUGGUGACUCUUUGCUCUUCUCUUUGGCAUGUGCCCAGGUUAUGUAUGCAUUUGUAAUGAGACCCGAGAGCUUACCCAAAGCAUAUCAAGAUUUUAUUCAAAAAACUGGGCCAGUUGCAGAGCCUGUUUACAAAGCUGUCAGAGAAUGUUGUAGGGGUGGACCUGUUGACGUUGUAUCUCUAUCAGCAUAUUUAUCAAAGAAGGAAUGCAGUUCAGUGAACUUGAUGGAACAUCUUUCCAUUAUUCCCUGUUCUAUAAUUCAUCCUGACUCAAAUUCUUGCCUUGUUCACAAUGCAACUGCUGCAUCAGAAACAUUUAGGAAAACAUUUCCUUUGUACUUCUCUUUGACAUACGUGCCAUUUGUGGUUCUUCAUCUACAGAAGUUCCUGGAGUCUCCUGCUUGGACAUCAUGGCGUGCUCUUCUGGGUGCAGUUCGCUCAACUUCUUUCUUGUCUGCUUUUGUUGGAGUCUUCCAGGGUGUCAUUUGUUUACACCGGAAGGUUGCAAGUAACGAUCACAAACUCAUUUAUUGGUUUGCUGGUGCAAUAUCUGCUCUUUCUGUACUGUUGGAAAAGAAAGCUAGAAGAGCAGAACUAGCUCUCUAUGUGCUUCCACGAGCUGUGGAUUCAGUAUGGUAUAUUUCAGUCAAUCGUCAUCUCCUUCCUCGUAUAAAGAACGCUGAGGUUGCUCUAUUCUGUCUCUGCAUGGGAGGUAUUAUGUUCUACUUGGAACAUGAACCAGACACAAUGGCUCCUUUUCUGAGGGGCCUCAUCCGCCGGUUUUUGGCUAGUAGAAUAAGCAAUCCUAGCCCUUCCUCAAACAUGAAUGCAUCCUACUCUUAUAUACCAAAUCUAGGACAGCAAGAAAGCAAGAAAAGUGAAGAGAAGGAUGAAAGUGCAACUUCAGCAAAGUACAACCUUGAGUCGAUCCCUGGACUGUAGUCCAGAUCUCUCUAUUUGGAAAAGAGGGAUCGGAGAAAUUGGCAUUAACAUCAGUAAGUGCAUAUAUUGCAACUCCUCUUCCUGCUAUUGCAGCCAGCUAAAGGAUUUAUCAAUUGCUAAGUUUCACUUGGUUCAUUUUAACUUCUAAGGAAUGUAAGUUCCAUUCCUUCUUAGUGUAGAGUUUCUGAUCUGAGCUCAUAUGUCCCAAGGAGACCACAAAGAACAGAUCAUUUAUUUUUUUGUUAUCAGUCUCUUAGUAUGAUUGUUCAAUGUAUUGCCCCAUUGGUUAAAGCACCUCAUUAUGCUUAUCAAAAAUAUUGAGCAGGUUGUGGCCUGUGGGUUCUGUUAGUGUUCUAGUUUGGCUCAGGGAAUAAUGAAUUUGAUCGUGCACUGC